CUCUCUCCCCACUUCAGUCCCCCCCCUCUCGCUCUCGGUAAAAAGCUACAAAAAGGCCACGACAAAGCUUUUUCAUGGGGGUUGUGGAAAUCAUGUCGACUUCUCUCUCACUGUCUUUGUUAUAUCCUCAUCCCACAAGGCCAUAACGUCACUGUGACCCUGAGGUCAAGGAGAAUUUUAUCUUGUUUUCCAAGUUUGAAAGAGAAGUUUUUCUUUUGAUUUUUCUCUCUGUUCCUCUGGGUUGUCAGAAAUUGAAAGUUCCAACUGGUUUUGAGCUGCACAGUCGAGGUGGGUAUUUUUUAUCGUUUGUCUGCAACCGUGAUGUUUCACCCUUUAUGGAGUAUUGAAGUUUCUGGUCCUGUGGACACCCUUUAAUGGGUUUUCAUUUCUUCUGUCAUUCCGCUCUGUGUGUUCUCAGACAUUAAAUUUGGAACUGGAUUUUGGGUAAAAGUGCAAGAGGAAGAGAUGCUUUUCUUCCUUGAAUUGUGGUCGACUUUUACGUGAACUCUGUAGCUUCUGAUUCUGUUCCAACUAAUGGAGUCUUGGAGCUAUGGUUCUGAAGGGAAGGGUUUUGUAUUGUCUGAUGAAGUGAUUUCUCCUACUGACGCUCUUGCAAGAAGUAGAAAAGUGUUCACGGGUUGGGACUUGAAACCCUCCUAUAAUUACGAAAGCACCAUGUUAGCUCAGAGUCGAGCGGCCGUCGAGAACCAGGGAUUCAUGGAAUUGGGUUUCCCUGCAGCCAUCAAGAAGCCACUUCCUGACAACCAAAUUGGCGGGUUUCUGGGAGGUAGGACCAAUAGUGAAAGAGAGCCUUCUCCUUCUUGUGUGGUUACUCCGAAAGCAUUAUUCGGAGAAGAGGAGCCAUGUUCAAGGCUUUCAAGCUCUAUCAUGGAAUCUAAUACCCGGGACUCCUCACUUAUCGAUUUGAAGUUGGGGAGGUUGGCUGACUAUAGAGAUGCACAGAAUGGCGAAUCCUCCAAAGAAAAGCCGAUUCUGUCCACAGUGAGAUCAGCUGUACCUGCAAAAAGAGCUCGCACGACGAGUUUGAAUUCUCAGACUCCCUUUUGCCAAGUUCAUGGUUGUGAAAUGGAUCUCAGUUCCUCAAAGGACUACCACAAGAGGCACAAAGUUUGCGAGGCUCACUCUAAAACUGCCAAAGUUAUCGUGAAUGGAGUUGAACAGAGGUUCUGUCAACAGUGUAGUAGGUUUCAUUUGCUUUCUGAGUUCGAUGACGGUAAACGCAGUUGUCGGAAACGCCUUGCAGGCCACAAUGAACGUCGCAGGAAGCCUCAACUGGGUAGUCAAUCUGGUAAAUGUGGUAGCAGGUUUCUGGGGACUCCAUUAUCAACAAAAUCAUCCUUUAUCUUCCCAGAUAUAUUUCCAAAUGGCAUGCUGCGCCCAGUGAAAUACGAAAACAGUAAUUGGUCUAGGAACAUAAAAUUAGAAGAUGAAGCCGCAUAUAGCCCUCAGUCAGCACUACCCAUCACAGAUGGGAAUUUGCACCAGAAAUCUUUGCUCCCUCCAUAUUGCAUGGAAAAACCAUAUCCUUCCUUGCAUAGCAACAGAAUUGAUACAACACCACGAAGCAUUUUUCAGGAGAAUGGCAGUAGAUAUCCACAUGAUUUUGCAGGCUCAAAUUCAGCCCCAAGAUCAUUGUUUAGGAAUACCUCAUCAGGAAGUGAAGACUUCACUGUUUUUGAUACAGCUUCAACUAUUCAAGGAUUAUCCAGGGUCUCAGACUCUGGUUGUGCUCUCUCUCUUCUGUCAUCUCAAUCACAGAACUCAUCAACUCAUUCAUCAGGAAUUCCCAUGGCUCGUCCUCUGAUUAUCCAAGGAAGCCGUUCUCAAUACAGUGUUGGCCAACUUCCUGAAAAAUUUCUAGGAGUAACCUCACAGGCCUCAACAAUUAUAGCAUCAACCAGGUUUUCUUCUUCUGAGAUGAACUCUCUGGAUGUUGAUCAAAUAGAGCCUGUUUUGGUCUCUGAUCCAAGCAAUGCUGUCAACUUUGAAGUCCGUACAGAUGGAAUUUUCCAAGGACCAGACUUUAUGGUGGCCAAGGAUUCUUUCUCUCAUGGACAUAGUUCUACUGUUGGUCUUCUUCAACUGUCAUCACAGCUUCAACGUGUAGAGCAUCAGAGGCAUUCCCUGCAAGUGAAGCAGGAGAACGAUGUCUUCUGCUGCCUUCCCAUCAAUUGAGAAAUACGACAGCAACAAGAGUGCAGGUUGCUAAAGGAUGUGGCAAUUAAAGGAAUGUUUCGUCUGAUCCUUUGAACUAACAUGGAUGAACUACUCCUAAGCAGACAAGGAGAAACUCUAUCUACCAUUCUACUUUUGCACAUACUGGUAACUGCUCUUCCACCUAUGCUUGAAACACAACCAAGUAGCCAUGCCUUUCCUAAUCUGUGAAUAACAAAAGCUACUUUUGGCUUUGGGACUUUGAUCAAUGUGUACAAUCUCAUCAAUUUCUCAAAAACUAAUUCUUUCAGUUCUCCAGAA